AUGGCACAAGGCACAAUAUGUGUGACCCGCUUAAACAGUAACGAGUCUAACUAGUUGAACUCAGUGUCAUUCCGAGUCUUCGCGAGGCUGACGCGCCCGGACGUAGCUCACAAUGAUCCUGACAAUUGGCGUAAUUGUUCUACUCCUGUCGCUGUACUACUUCGGCACACGAAAUUUUAAAUACUGGGAAAAACGCGGCGUCAAACACGACAAACCAAUACCUGUGUUCGGCAACAACAUAGAUGUCUACCUUCUCCGGAAAAGCGUCACGCAACUAUCAGUGGAAAUGUACUUGAGGUAUCCGAACGAAAAAGUCGUUGGAUUCUUUCGAGCAAACGCUCCAGAAUUGGUGAUCCGGGACCCGGAGAUAAUAAAGCGGAUAUUGGUAACGGAUUUCGAAAACUUUUAUCCGCGCGGGAUCAAUCAUAAGGAGGUUGUGGAGCCUCUGAUGAGGAAUUUAUUUUUCGCGGAUGGUGAUCUGUGGCGGCUUUUGCGGCAGCGGAUGACACCGGCCUUCACGAGCGGGAAACUAAAAGCUAUGUUUCCUCUGAUAGUGGACUGUGCUCACAGACUCCAGAAGCGUGCCCUCACAGUCUCCGCCGCGGGAGAGGCAAUAGACGCUCGCGAUAUGAUGGCAAGAUACACGACAGACUUCAUCGGAGCUUGCGGCUUUGGCGUCAAUGUCGAUUCGCUCGGCGAUGAAGAAUCCACCUUCAGACAACUCGGCAGGAAGAUAUUUCAGCCUCGCUUCCAAGAUAUAAUAGUGGUCGUACUGAAAGAGGUGUUCCCAGAUGCCUGUAAGAGCUUAAAGUAUUUAUCUCGCUUCGAAGACGAUUUCAAAAAGUUCGUGUCCGAUGUCCUCCGUCUUAGGAAUUACAAGCCAUCGGGAAGAAACGACUUCAUCGAUCUGAUGUUGGAAUGUAAACAGAAAGGGACUAUUAUUGGGGAAUCCAUUGAAAGGCGGAAGAAGGAUGGAACACCCGAAAUUGCGACCGUCGAGCUGGACGAUACAUUGAUUGCGGCACAAGUGUUCGUCUUUUUCGCAGCUGGAUUUGAGACCUCGUCCUCUGCGACUAGCUAUACGUUACACGAAUUAUCUUACCAUCCAGAAGUCCAAGAAAAAGUGCAAAAAGAAAUCGACACGGUUCUGGCCAAACACGAUGGCAAAUUGACGUAUGAUUCGAUCAACGAGAUGACUUAUUUGCAAUGGACGCUCAAAGAGGCUAUGCGGAUGCUACCCUCGCUGGGAUUUGUAAGUAGACAAUGUGUCAGGCCUUAUACGUUUCCUGAGCUGAGUUUAUCUAUAGACGCAGAUGUGGGGAUAUUGAUUCCAUUGCAAGCGUUGCACAAUGAUCCCUUAUACUUUGAAGACCCGAAGGUGUUCCGUCCUGAACGGUUUAAUCCAGAAUGCUUGACUAGACAGCAGAAAGAUGUGUUUCUUCCUUUUGGGGCAGGGCCGCGCGCCUGUAUAGGGGAGAGGUUAGGGCUGAUGCAGUCAUUGGCAGGGCUAGCAGCUGUGUUAUCGAAAUUCUCAGUGUCGCCAGCCACCAGUACUAUAAGGUGGCCCAAGAUAGAUCCAAGAUCAGAUAUAGUUCAGACCAUAUUAGGGGGGCUGCCGCUUAUGUUUCAUGAAAGGAAGUCAACAGUUAUUUAAGUGUUAAAGAAUUGAUAAAAGUUAUUUUAAUGUGGAUGCUGGUAGCCUGCAUAUGAAUACAAACUGUUUGUAAAAACUUAAUUGUACAAAAAACAAGUACAUAUAUUUAAAUUUAUACAAUAAAUAUACAAUAGCGGCGGCCUACAGUGAA